UACCAGCGUGAUGAAGGAAAUUGAGAAAUUACGAUUUUACAUAUAUUACGGUUGAGUUUCAGCUUUCGCAUUGAUCAGUAAUUUGAUAUAUCAACCCUAAUUAUUAAGUCAGUUGAAGAAAAGCUAGUAUUACUUGGUAUUGCGUACUAUUUAGGCUGUGAUCUCAAUUAUGGUUUCAUCAACAACUGACAAGAAUCAACGAUCACACGUAUUAGUACCGGUACUUCUUAGUGCAUGUGUAAUUCCAAUUUCUAUGGUGUUUUGGGUUAUAAACGUAGCAUAUUCGACUUUUUAUUCAGAUUCUGGAAAUCACUUUAAACAGAAUCUAGUCCUAUCACCAUGGAGAUGGUUAACCGUAGUUGUGUUUCCAAUUUUUAUGGCCUUUUGGGGGUUAAGAAGAAAGAGUGUGGAUAUUAGCGGCGCUAUUCUUGGAUUAUUUAUGGGUUUUGUUCUGACACUUACCAGUUUUUGUCAUGUGGCUUGUCUCUUUGCAUUCCUUGUUUCUUCUACUAAGGCAACUAAGUUUUGUGCCAAAGAGAAGAAAAAGUUUGAAUCUGACUUUAAGGAAGGAGGGCAAAGAAAUUGGAUUCAAGUGCUAUGUAAUGGCGGUAUGGCAACGCAGUUAGGUCUCUUAUACUUAUUGGAUGUAGGAAAUGCAGAGCACCCAAUUGAUUUUGACAAAUAUUACAGAAGUUCCUGGUUGUCGGUAGGAAUCUUAGGUACAUUCAUCAAUAACGUAUGUUAUGUCCAAAGAGCUUUUGCUUGCUGUAACGGAGAUACUUGGGCUUCAGAAAUUGGGACAGUUGUGGGUACUAAGGAUCCUUUUCUUAUUACCACACUAAAAAGAGUUCCACGAGGGACAAAUGGUGGUAUUUCCUGGGUAGGCUUGCUCGUUUCUAUACUAGGUGGUAUAACUGUGGGUUUGUCUUAUUAUUUAACAGUAUUGAUAACUGUAGACACAGUUAUAUUGCAAUUAGCAGUGCCACAGUGGCCAAUUAUUAUUAUUGGAGGAAUCGGAGGUCUCUUUGGUAGUGUAAUAGACUCAUUUUUAGGAGCUAUGUUGCAAUAUUCUGGAAUAAAUGAGAAAGGGAAAAUAGUAGAACGUCCUGGAAAGCAUGUGAAACACAUAUGUGGUAGACAAAUUUUGGAUAAUCACAGUGUAAAUCUUUUAUCUAGUGUUAUCACUGCACUUACACUACCAGAAAUUGCAAAAUUAAUUUUAAGUAUUUAAGGAAAUAUAAGUAUAAUUAUAAUGUCAUUAGGUGUAUAUAUAUUUGUUUGCAUGUCCAACUAUAUAUACAUGAAAGAAGUAUAUUUAUGGCGAAUAUUUUCUACAUCUCUAUUUUGUAUAAAAAUCGCGUGACGAAAUUUGAUAUGAUGACUUAUAAUUUAUAUCUAUAAAAAGCAAAUAUGUAAAAGUUGUAUCCUUUGGAAGUAGACUUGAAAUCAAAAAUGUAUUUAAAAAAUAUGAAAUUAUGUUAUAUAAAGUUAUAUAACCUAAUUUUGAUUGUAAUUUGAAUCUUAAUAAAAACUUAUUAAGAAAAAUA